AUGAGCUCAUCAUCACUCGGAAUGGGUCGACCGUCCCAUGGGCUAGGCUCCUCCAGCCAACCCCGACAAUCCUCUGCCGCGGUCUAUAACAUGUUCGACCCGAAACAAGUCCAAACUUUCAAGGAAGCCUUUUCAAUGAUUGAUCAAGAUAGCGAUGGCUGGAUCACCGAGGCUGAUUUGAAGACAAUGCUUACUAGUCUAGGCCAGGCACCGACCCCGAAGCUACUAAGCUCCCUACUAUCAUCCAGACCGUCGACCUUUCCGCCUGCGAAACCGGACUCUACGGACUACAACCAAGGAUUAAACUUCACCACGUUCUUGACGAUGAUGUCGGAGAAGCUGCUGGAGCUGGACCCCGAGGCCGAGUUGAUGGAAGCCUUCGAAUGUUUCGAUGAGCACGACAAGGGGACCAUAGACGGCAAAGAGCUCAGGGAAUGGCUCGGUACCGCUGGUGAUAAGAUGUCGAAAGAGGAAAUCGAUAAACUCCUCAGUCCUCCCUUCGCCGACCGGUAUGGUACAUUCAACUACCGCGAUUUUGUCUCUGCUCUACGCGUCAGUGAAGCAGAAGCGGUGACAAUGAAAGAAUAA